AUGUUGUCUCGUCUCACAAUGACUGCACCACGAAUCGGGGUGAAUCUCACCUCGGGAGUACGAUAUUUCGCCAAUUCCACCGCCAAAUCGGCCAGAUACAGUGGAAAUCAGUCGGGUUUCGGCACGAGAUUCAAUCAAGGAUUUGGAGUCAAAACCGGGCCGACGCUCAAGGAGAGACUUCUGGGUCCAACUACCGGGAAGCCAUUCCUCUACGGAACGUAUGCUCUCGCCGGAGCAUCUGUGUUCGGUGUUGGCGCCCUGAUGUACUAUGGACUCGUCUCCAAAGAGCAAUCCAUCCUUCAGAAGAGUGCCAUCUGGCCAUCCUACGUUAGAGAAAGAAUCAGCUCGACGUACACCUAUUUGGCUGGAAGUAUCGCUUUGACUGCCGCCAGUGGAGUCGCCGCUUCGAGAAGUCCCGCUUUGAUGAGAUUGACUGCUGGUGGAGGGCUUAUGUCCCUCUUCGGAACUAUGGCCGUGAUGAUUGCUUCUGGAAUGCUGGCUAGAUCUAUUGACUACGAUAACACACUCGUUAAGCAUCUGGCCUGGGCUCUCCAUUGCGGUGUGAUGGGAGCCGUGCUCGCCCCUCUUUGCUUCAUGGGAGGCCCUAUUUUGACUCGUGCUGCUUGGUACACUGCUGGAAUUGUUGGAGGGCUAUCAGCCACUGCAAUCACUGCUCCAUCCGAGAAAUUCUUGAUGAUGUCUGGACCAUUGGCGAUGGGAUUCGGAGUGGUUUUUAUGGCCAACAUUGGAACAUUCUUCUUGCCACCUGGAUCCGCGCUGGGAGCUAGUGACCAAAUGUCAAUCUACAUGGACGUGCUGAACAUCUUCAUUCGACUCGUCAUGAUUAUGGGCGGAAUGAGUGGAAACAAGAGAAAAUAA